AUGAGUCGCUACGAAGAGGCGGACCGUGGAAGAGCCCGUUCGAGAUACGAUGAGACAGGCAGCGCCCUCUCCGCCUUCUAUCGAGAGCGCUUCGGAAGUCAAUCUCCAGAUGAAUAUCUCAACCUUCGAAUAUCGCAAAUGGAUAAGAAGCUUGAACGCGAUGACAUCAAAAACAUCUUGGCUGACGAAUUUAGAAGAUUUGUGCCAUUUGAGAUAAAAGUGGUCAGAAACCCCGGUGAUGAGGAUCGAUUAGCUUACGUGAACUUUGAACGAAAAGAUGCAGCUCGCAAAAUUCGACACACUUUGCUCUCGAGACUUCAGAGAGCACUAGGGCGAAAGGUUCUUGUCGAUCCAGCCGGCAUUAUGCGCGAUCAAGAAGGAAAGUAUAUCCCUGAUCGUUAUAAUCGUCAGAAUAUGCAGGACACAAGAGGUGGUCGCCGUCUUUCACCUAAACGCAACAACGCGCAACAGACUUGGCGGCUAACAGAAGAUGACGAGAAAGCUACGCGGUCACUUUUCGUUGGAAAUAUGCCAGCCGAUAUUCACGAAAGCGAAAUUCGAAAGGUUUUUGAAAGAUAUGGUCAUGUGGAAGAAGUUGAUAUCAAACGACCAGAAAAUACAAAUGCGAGCUAUGCUUUUGUUCAAUUCGGGACAAUCAUUGCAGCCGUUGACGCAAAACACGGAGAACACGAUCGGGCAAUCAGAGCUGGAUGCUCAAAAUGUAAAAUUGGAUAUGGAAAAAGCCAGGUUUCCCGUCGGUUGUGGGUGGGUGGUCUUGGACCAUGGGUGACAACGGACGAUUUGAGCAAAGAGUUCGAUCGAUAUGGCCCGAUUGAGAAACUUGAAUACGAUGAAGGAAAUGAUCAUGGAUUCAUCACAUACACGGACGCAAAUGCAGCCAGUGAUGCAUGUCGAGCGAUGCGCACUUUUGACUUCGAUGAUCAUCCAAUUCAAAUCGAUUUUGCCAAGGAUGCUUCUGCUGUUGUGACGCGCAAAAGGGUUGGUGACCGAGACGGUAGUCCGACAUCAAAGAGACGACUUGAAAGUCCACCACCUGUCGGAAAACCCAUUCGCACUAUCGAGCAACUCGACGAGCAUUAUGCGUUUACUUGGCAAGGACGGUUGCUUUUAAAACGAUCCGAAUACCCAGUUCGUCUUCAUCGAGUAGCCGGCGAAGAAAAGUUGCUUCAAACGAUUUUACGGGACGCUGACGGAAACGCUGUGAAGCUACCUGUAACGCAAAGGCUUGCACUUGCUACACAAGGAGCACUACAAGAAAAACUUCUGGCAUCACCCCUCAAGCAAUUGGCCGUGAUGAUUGGAACCGGAAAGGAUUCAAGCGCCGUAAAGCCAUUUGUUAACUAUCUUGUCGAUAAAGAUGCUGCAGGUGUUGUCACGAUAAAUGAAGGAAUUUUGUACAUUUUUGCUCCCUCAGAUAUGGCUACAAGACUAUUGGCAAGAUUUGCUCCUCAUAUUCAUUUGUUAAGCGAGGGUUCUUCGGAUUUGCUGUUUGUACUUGGAUCAAAUAAACCU